UGAGAAGCCCAUGGACCACAAUACAGACACGCUGUGCAAUCACAGUCAUACGUUAACAUGGACAGCACUGACAGCCAAUCAGCUUCUACUAUUCUGCGAGUGGGCGGGGCGCUUGGCUCAUGAAUAUCCAACAAGCGCUCUCGGUGGGGACAGAGAACAAGGGGCUUGUGUAUUGUUGUUUUUGCCUCCUAAAAGCGUUGAUAACGGCACUAGUGUUGACAGAAGCGACACCCUGCGUUCCGUUUAUUGCUGUUUCUUACCGGUGAAGGAGGCAGCCCCCCUCGGUACCGUUAAGGACAUCACUCCGGUCUGAUCGGACUUAAGCAGGAACCAUGUCUGGCAAAGCCGAGGUGACAGUGGUGCUUCAGCCCAGCGAUAAGGUCGAUACCACGGCUCCGCAGAAGUCCUUUCCUUUUGUUUUGAAGAAGAUCAUGGACAUCCCUCCUCCUAACAUCCUGGAGGAAGGAGACGACGAAAUAGAGAAGGAGAAGCUGUGCUCCUCUGAGGAUGUGGAGGGAGGCGGGGCUGGAGCAGCCAGUGCUGGUGCAGGUUCUAGAGGAGGAGGAGGAGGCGGUGGGGGGGUAUCGGCCUCCUUAACCCCGGCCAUUUGGGAGAAGACCAUUCCCUACGACGGGGAGACCUUCCACUUGGAGUACAUGGACCUGGACGAGUUCCUCCUGGAGAACGGGAUCCCUGUGACCCUGGAGGAGGCGGAGCUACAGAAGACUCUGGCCUCAGUGGGAUUCAAAGGAAAAUUUGUCCCCAAGGUUACUCCUACAGCUACUACUACUACUACUACUACUGCUGCUGCUGCUGCCGCCCCUGACCUCGCCUCAGCACCAACCCCGUCUAUCUCCUCCACCUCUACGGUCACCUCUGAGCCAGAGGAAGCGGUGACCGUCACUACGUUACAACCAGCGAAGCUAGAGGAGGAGGAGGAAGAAGAGGAGGAGGAGGAGGAGGAGGGGGAGGAAGAAGAAGAAGAAGACGAAGAAGAGGAAUCUUUGUCUGGGGAGACAACAACAGAAGUGGAAGAGAAGAAAACAGAUCGUAACACUCCCUCCCCCAUCGACCCAGAAGCCAUCGAGGUGGACAUUAACUUCCAGCCGGACCCCACGGACCUGGUCCUGUCCAGUGUGCCGGGGGGAGAGCUGUUCAACCCGCGCAAACACAAGUUCUCUGACGAGGAGCUGAAACCGCAGCCUAUGAUCAAGAAAGCCAAGAAAGUGUUUGUUCCUGAUGAGCAGAAGGAUGACAAAUACUGGUCCCGGAGAAAGAAGAACAACGUGGCAGCGAAGCGUUCUCGUGACGCGCGGCGGCUGAAGGAGAACCAGAUCACUGUGCGCGCCUCCUUCCUGGAGCGGGAGAACGCAGCACUGCGUCGGCAAGUGUCUGAGAUGCGGAAGGACUGUGGUCGCUGCAAGAACAUCCUGUCCCGGUACGAGGCGAAGUACGGGCCGCUGUAAAGAACUC